GCUUUCAACGCUGGUAUAUUUAAAUCCACGCAAAUGAAAUGCACAGAUAAGAUAUAAGAAACAUAAACAUUUUUUGGGGUGGACAUGGUACGCAACAGGAGAGCCGAGCAUUCUGAAGUAAAAUCUUAAAAAUUUCUCACGUCGAAACAUCACAAUUGUGUCGAUUCUUUGAUUUCAGAAGAUGCAAUUCGGACUGAGCGCAAAAGAGCCAUUGAUGGGCAUGCCCAAAAUGGCCUUGUGCAGUAGCAGUGGGUUAUUGCACCUUCCCAAAUUUUCGAAUAAUCUUAAUCUUAGUCCCUUAAAUUUUUUGAUCCAGAAGAAAACUUUGAGGGUCCUUCCGUUAAAAACUAGGUAUUUAGGAAAUCUAGGUUGCAGAACUAUUUGCAUGAGUUCGGACAGGAAGAAAAUGUCAGCGAGACUAUCACAGAUGAACAAAGUUCUACAGGAUGCAGAGGAGCGUGCUGCCGGUGCCAAUGAACCCAUCCCCAGGGUCUCUUUAGAGCAUGUAAUGGUUAGCUUUGCAAGAAGUGGAGGACCAGGAGGGCAAAAUGUCAACAAAGUAAACACAAAAGUGGACAUGCGCUUCAAUGUUGCAGCUGCAGAUUGGUUGAGCCCAAGGGUCAGAGAGAGGAUUCUGCAAAUGGAGAAGAACCGAAUCAAUAAUGAUGGGGAGCUUGUAAUAUCAUCAACCAAAACACGAACUCAAAAAGGAAAUGUUGAGGAUGCUUUGGAAAAACUUCAGGCAAUAAUUGAUGCUGCCGCUUAUGUUCCACCACCUCCUUCAGAGGAGAAGAAACAGAGAAUACGGAAACUGGCGGCCAUUGAAGAUCAAAAGAGAUUAAAAAUGAAAAAGGCUCAUUCUCAAAAGAAAGCUACGAGGAGAAAUGACAAAUAUGGCUGGGAAUGAUGAGCAAACAUGACAAGCGUGUUGUUGCAAUCCCUACUUUCUUGGAUAUGAAGUACAGAAUGAUCAAAUUGUACAGGUCUUUAUGCUAGUCUCAGCAUUUGCAAGGGCAAAUGAGGGUAACACUUCAUCAAGUAACUUAUUCCUUGGAGAUAAUCUUUUUUUCUAAAUUGACGCAUUCUUGUAAAUAAUAUAUUAUUUCAUCACUAUAUAGGUACUAA